GGUCUUCGUCAUUUUUUCCGAUCGAAAAUUCAAACAUAAAAAUAUUAUUUUAUUCAUUUGAAUCAGUUAUUUAUUUAGAGAACUUUUUUUUUUUCUUCUGUUAAUAUCGUUUUGAUUUUUUUUCAUUUUCGUUGCCUCCUGCACCAGUGCACAUUUGCGUUCAGUUUUUUUAAAAAAAUUUGUUCCCAUUUUUUUUUUUCGCUUAAAUUUGGCAAUCAUUUUUCGCAUUUAAAUGUUUAUUAAAACAUCAAAGAACUGUUGUACUAGUGAUAAUAAAAAAUGUCAUUGUAAAGAUGAAAGUUCGUUCUCACCCAUAAAGAGUAAAAUGAAGGUUUUGAAGAAAAUCAAGCGACGCAUGGGAUUAGCAACAAGUAAUACUGUAACAUGCCCAGGACCAAAUAAUUUGCCACCGCUGCGAUUCCAUUAUGUGCAUGGUGAUAAUAUUCGUAUAUCGCGCGAUGGCACGCUCGCAAAACGCUUUGAAAGUUUUAAUAAAGGUGUGACAUUUAGUGACCGGCCGGUGAAACCAAAUGAACGUGUUUUCAUCAAAUUUUCGGAAAUUUCAAGCAAUUGGAGCGGUGUUAUUCGAUUUGGAUUCACAUACAAUGACCCCGUUACAUUUAACGAUUCGGCCACAUCACGAAAUACAUUGCCAAAGUAUGCAUGCCCCGACCUAACAAACCGUCCUGGAUUUUGGGCAAAAGCUCUAAACGAACGCUACUGUGAGCGUGAUAAUAUUUUGUUUUACUACUUUACAUCGUCGGGUGAUGUUCAUUUUGGCAUAAAUGGUGAAGAGAAGGGUAUAUUCUUUACAAUUCCACCGCCACGCGAACCACUCUGGGCAUUGGUUGAUGUUUAUGGGAAUUGUUCGGCCAUUGAAUUUUUGGACUCACGUGUUUGCAUGUAUCAACAUCGAUCGGGCAGCCGGCAAUCUGCACCAUCAUCAGCAUCAAGUGAAGUUGAGAUUGAUCGAAUUGUUCCACACAUGCAAUCGCUUUCAGUUAACGAAGAUCAUCGUCCAACGCUGGCACGUAGCCGAUCUGGUAAUUCGUUGCGUACAUCAGUGACUGCCGUUCCAUUUCAUCGUACUCGCGGACGAAAUGUUCAAUUGUCACAGGAUAAAAUGAUAGCCACACGUGUUGAAACUGAAUUUUGUCAAGGUUAUGUGUUUACCGCACGUCCAAUUCGUAUUGGUGAAAAAUUAAUUGUUCAAGUGUUACGCACCGAACCAAUGUAUGUGGGUGCAUUGGCUUUGGGUCUUACGUCAUGCGAUCCAGCCACACUACAACCAUCCGAUUUACCAGAUGAUUCUGAUUUACUAUUAGAUCGACCAGAAUAUUGGGUGGUUAGCAAAGAUAUUGCAUCGAAUCCAGUACGUGGUGAUGAAAUUAUCUUUUCCAUUUCACCAAAUGGUGAAGUUCAAAUCAGUAAAAAUGAUGGACCACCUACAGUUAUAAUGCAUGUCGAUCAAAGUCUUCAACUAUGGGCAUUUUUAGAUGUAUAUGGUUCAACGCAAUCGGUUCGUGUUCUAAGUCAAAUGGCAACAUCGCCACAAUACCAAACUCCAAUUUCCAAUUCAACAACGAUGCUUUCGAUUCAACGACCAAUUUCACAACGAUAUGCAUCGCAAAAUUUAACACCAACCGAAUCAAUUAGCAGUAUUGAAGUGAUGCCAGCACCGGCCGCACAAAUAACACAAUCAAGACGAUCGAUACCAGUUGCAGUAUCAGCACAAACGAAUCGUGUCAUUUCAAGCAGUGAUAUGAUUCAAUUGCAAUCGGGUGGCACGGUUUUAGUUGUCAAUCUUCCGCCCGCUAGCAGUAACAAUGAUAUUAGUGGUAAUAGUCAAACACAUCAACCGCAAAUCACUCAAAUGCCAAUUCCACCACCAACCGCAGUCAAUUCAGCUUCGAUUACAUACUCGUCCAAUUAUGUUGAGACAAAACCAACAAAACCAACUUCAACACAACAGUACAGCCAAUUAUCACAAUGGCAAGAUGCGAAUGCGGCCAAUCUUGGACAAGGAAACGAAUGCACCAUUUGCUAUGAGCAUUCAAUCGAUUCGGUUCUAUAUACAUGCGGUCACAUGUGUAUGUGCUAUGAAUGUGCUGUGAAACAAUGGCAUGGAAUUGGUGGCGGUCAUUGUCCACUUUGCCGAGCUGUUAUUCGAGAUGUUAUCCGUAUAUACAAGUCAUAAAUUAAUGAAAACCCUCAAAAUGGAACACUUACCAAAAGAAAAAUUCAAAAUAACUAAAUACAAAUCUAAACGAACAAAAAAAACAUUUAAUAAAAUACCAAAAAACAUAUAAUAACUAAAUUGAGAGAUAGACAGAAAAAGAGAAAAAUAAUCAUUAUUGCAAAAAAACUGCACCGAAAAUAUCUAACGAAUAACGAAAUAUUGUACUAUUUAAGAUUCGGUUGCAUUUGCACACUUUUUUACCAUUCGUAUAGGAUAGAAAAUCAAAAGGAGAAAGAGAGAGAUAAAAAAAUACAACUUAAAGCAGUUUAUUUGGAUUCGCCUAUUUGUAUAAAACGAGAACGAACAUAAUAAUAUAAUGGAAACAUGUUAUCGUAUCAUAUU